AUGUUAUGGUUGUGCGACAAUAGCGACUCCUCUCGGGGACCAUUUGAGUGCUCGCUGGACAUGUCACUUUCAGAAGUGCUCGAGAGACCGCUUAUUUGCUGCGAAAGAACACCGAUCGGAUGGAAUGAGGACCCAUUUUUCGAGCGAGACAACAAUGCGGGCGUACAUAAGCAAGGGUAUUGCCGUUCUAUCACCCACUUUGCCGAUUUCGUUACUGUUAGCCCAGAGCUGAACCUUCUCGAAGUGAAAGAUCGGAUCGGAUGGAAUGAGGACCCAUUUUUCGAGCGAGACAACAAUGUGGGCGUACACAAGCAAGGGUAUUGCCGUUCUAUCACCCACUUUGCCGAUUUCGUUACUGUUAGCCCAGAGCUGAACCUUCUCGAAAUGAAAGAUCGGGUAACAAAUACUCUCAUCAGUCGUAAAAAAAGUUGA